AUGUUUCUGCCUCCGGAUACAAACACAAAGGAAAGAAGAAGAUUUGACCUAGAUGAUCUGCGUGUUUAUUACCUGAUAUGUGAGGAACUUGGAAUAGCCGAGGAAGAGCAUAUACAGAAAUCCUUUUACUAUUUGAUGAAGUGGGCAGGGCAGGAUAAGUUUAGUGGGGAGGUGGGGCUUCUUAGAAACUAUAUAAUGAGGAUCAAAAAGGAAAGAAAGGACAGGUCUAGUGAGUGGGAUGUGUUAAUGAUGUGA